AAUUGUGUUUUGCUCGGGAAUCGGGAUUGAGUGCUCCGGAGGAUCACCCGUACCAGCUGUUUGCAUUUUGCCUGAUUUAUUCCUCAAGUUUCGGGCUUCGUCUCCAUCCUACGCCCCGGGUAUUCGGCUUUUCCGAUGGAUUCUCGCGGAUUAGCGACCUCGAUUACUACUCUAUAAUCAUAGAUUAGCGAGCUCGACGGCUUUAUUGCUCUGCUCAUCAAAAGUCAGAGGAAGUCCAGACUUUCAUCCCUAGAAGCCUCCGCAAUGUUUCCCUCGCCUUAUUUUAAGGAUAUACUAUAUAGUUUGCUCUUUCAUUGCGCCUGCCAAGUUAAUCCAAGCCCACCCAUGUUGGUAGAGUUCUAUAAGUAGUACGACUUGUCCAUCUGUGGAUUCUUGACAUUCCAGCUUCUCCAUCUCGUAGAUUUUCCUGCCAUGACAGUAUCCGUGGUUGGGCUGUAGCUUUCUUCUGGAUCCCCAUUCAGCUCCUCUUCUCUUAUUUUCUUUUCCAAUUAUACAUAGGUACGUACAUAAUUAGCCUCACAUUCUCAAGUUUGUUCUUGGUCAUCUGCCUGUUAAUUUAGUUUAUUGCUGUUUCACUCACCUGUUUUAAUCUUAUUAUGCUGUUAUAUGUGUUUUCAGUAAAUCAGUAUUGCUAGCGCUGUCCUUGUACGAUUUUCUUGAUUGAUAUGUCGUCUCUGAAUGCAGCUGUUAUCACCUAUCUUAGUUUGCAGGAAGCAGAGGUCAUAUUUCAUAUCAUGCCAUUUUUAUGUAGGAUUACAUUUUAUUGAUUGGAUUGCCUGUAAAUCGCAGGGGUACAUUGAUACUUCAAGUAAAAUUGAAAAUGGUUAGUGCGAGGUCAGUACACAGGGAAUUGGAUGCAUGCUUCAGCAACCUCUUGGUGUCUAGCGGUGGCGGAAGGGGGCAGGCUGAAAUUGGUGGCGCUAUGCCUAUGUUGUCAGGAUGGAAGGACCUUCCAAUGGAGCUGCUUAUGCGGAUCGUAUCUGUUGCUGGAGAUGAUCGAACUGUCGUUGUGGCAUCCGGUGUUUGCACUGGCUGGCGCGACGCGUUAGGGUGGGGGGUCACUAAUCUUUCCCUCUCAUGGUGCCAGCAGAACAUGAAUAACUUAACAAUAUCAGUUGCUCACAAGUUCACAAAGCUUCAGGUUCUCACUCUUCGCCAAAUCAAACCUCAGCUUGAAGACAGUGCAGUAGAGGCUGUUGCCAACUACUGUUAUGAUCUACGUGAGUUGGACCUCAGCCGAAGUUUCCGGCUUAGUGAUCGCUCAUUGUACGCAUUGGCCAACGGAUGUCCUCGGCUUACAAAACUGAACAUCAGUGGAUGUUCCAGUUUCAGUGACAGUGCCUUAAUCUACCUUAGUUGCCACUGUAAAAACCUGAAGAGCUUGAAUCUGUGUGGAUGUGGGAAGGCAGCCACUGAUGAAUCUUUGCAGGCCAUAGCCCAAAACUGUGGGCACCUGCAAUCUUUAAACCUAGGUUGGUGUGAUAAUGUCACAGAUGAAGGGGUCACCAGCUUGGCAUCAGGUUGCCCUGAUCUCAGGGCCCUAGAUUUGUGUGGCUGUGUUCUUAUAACAGACGAGAGUGUCAUUGCUCUUGCAAGCGGGUGCCUGCACCUGCGAUCAUUGGGCCUGUACUACUGCCAGAACAUCACGGACCGUGCCAUGUACUCCCUCGCAAACAGCUGCGUGAAGAGCAAACGAGGGAGAUGGGGCACGAUGAGGAGCAGCAGCAGCAGCUCGAAGGACGUCGACGGGCUGGCAAACCUCAACAUCAGCCAGUGCACGGCCUUGACGCCUCCCGCGGUUCAGGCGGUCUGCGACUCCUUCCCGUCGCUCCACACCUGCCCAGACAGGCACUCCCUCAUCAUCAGCGGCUGCCUCAGCCUGACUAACGUCCACUGUGCCUGCGGCCUCCAACGCCACCGUGCCGGAAGCGCCAUGCAGGCCACCAGCCAUGCGUACUGAGGAUGUGCGUGCGCUCCUGGUUGUGGCGAACGCCGUGUGCCUCUUGCGGUUGCGGGGAGGUUUGGUCCCGGCGUGGAGGAAGAUGUGUAUAUAAACUCGGAACCUGGAAAUGUAAUCUUGUAGUAGUAGGACUAUUGUAUCAUGAGGACUCUGACGCGGCCAUGGAGCGGCAAAUGGCUGGAGGGUUGCAUGCUCUCCCAUGCCAUUCUUGAAACUGGCAAGAAGUUGCAUGCUAUGUAUGUGAUGGAUUUCAAUGAAGGAUCUGUCGGUUGA